GAGCAGUUGGGCGGACGAACACCAAUACACUCACCCCAGACCCCACGACCCCACGACCACCAUCGUGAAAGCACUCGCACCCGUUGCACAAGACCCGCCGUCUGCAUAUCCCAUAUCUGUAGUCAAUAUACACAAGCGCAGAAGCUUCACGAAGCGCGCGCACUCUGCCGUACCUGCAGCCUCAGCUGUGACGUUGCCUGCCUGGCCUGCCAUCAUCGUCGACUAUCACCACGACGGAAGCAACUGUCGCAUACUCUGCGCAAUCGCCCACGUCGUACACCUAGAUAGAUAGAGCAAGUGGAAGCCGGUCGCCAUGUCGAACCUGGUGGUGGGUAAUGUCUACCAGCAGAUCAUCGAGAAGGUCAUCCAGGCUUCGCAGAAUGACUUCGAGGAGUUCGGUGUGGACCAGUCGACGCUUGACGAGAUGAAGCAGGGCUGGCAAGAGAAGCUCUCUGCUCUCAAGGUCGCUCAAUUUCCCUGGGAUCCCCAGCCUGAGCCGGUGCGCCAGCCGCCUACUGUGCCGUCGAACGUCAAGGCGGACCAUGAUCUGCCUCAGGUGUCCGCGGCGCUGGACCAUGUGAACUUUCCCAAUGCUCAAAUCAAGUCGGAGACACAAUACCAGCAGCACCCUCCUCAGAACUAUCCGCAGGCUCAAGCCUACACUGGCGGUGGAUACGACCAGAAUCAUGGUCUCGCCCAACAACGGGCACACAACCUUGUUAUGCAGCGCCAGCAACAAAGCAACAUGAUGCCUCAGGCAAACUUCCCAAAUCUCCCACAACAGAAUCUUCAUCUCCCACAACAAGGUCAGCAUCCUAUGACCCAACAGCAGCGUAUGAUGGCACCACAGCAGCAACAGAUGCAACGCCCGCCUCAGCAGCAACUACCGCAGCAGCGUCCGCCACCACCACCACCACCACAACAACAACAGCAACAACAGCAGCAGCAGAACAACAGCAACCUCUACACCUCGCAGACAGAUGGUGCUGGGGAGGGCUUGGAGGAUUGGAAGGCAUUCCUCACGGCGCGAAGAGCUGCAGAGACUGAAGAGGGACGGAUCGCGGCUGAUGAGUUCAUGCGCGCCCGUGUCGAUGCCAUGGUGAUGCAGCAGGACAGUGGACUGAUGGUGCCGCUCGACGCGAUGCCGAAAGGCAAGAAGAGGAGGGCAGCCGUGCGCGUGCUUCAGGCCGAGAAAGCCGAGGCGUCGUCAUCGACAUCGGCACCGAGCGCGUCAGUACCUAGCCUGUUCGAUGGAGUCGACGACGACAUCAAGCCUGGCGAAGAGGACCCAGACGAUGCCAUCAACUCUGAUCUCGACGAUCCUGAGGACGAUCUGAACGACGGGGACAACAGCGACGACGAGAUGGUAGACUACAUGCUGUGUACCUAUGACAAGGUGCAGCGCGUCAAGAAUAAGUGGAAGUGCACACUGAAGGACGGCAUCUUGACCACGAACAAGAAAGAAUAUCUCUUCCACAAAGCCAACGGUGAAUUUGAGUGGUAAUAGCAUAAUGACAUAAUGCUUAUCGUGUGCAGCUGAACUCGAGUUCUAAGCGGCCGACCCCGCGACAAACAGCUUUCCACGCUGACGGACCGA